GACACCGCUAGGGACAUGUCGCUGCAGAGCUGUAAUAGGUGGAAGAUGAUCUGGAGGGGACUGUAGCUGGUGGGAAUUGGUUGUUUUCCUGUGGAGUGCUCCCCCGGAGACAGCCACAGCUCAGUCCUCCUAGUACACAGCCAUGACCGGCGGGAAGAAGAGCACCAAAGAAAAGAAGAAGAGGAGGAGGUCAGCCUCCUGUGACACUGGCUCUCAGGGGGAGAGGAAGAAGAGGAGCACAGAGCCCAGCCAACAGGUCUUUAUGGAACCAGAAUCCUCUGCUCUGUUUGCUGGAACAAGGGAAGAAGAUGUUGAAGAGCUAAGUGAUAUAGAAGAAGGAGGACUAGACCUGAGUGUGCCCCUGAAGCCUAUAAGCUUUUACAUCUCUGACAGGAAAGAGAUGCUGGACCACUGCUUCCGGGUACUUGGGGAUAGGAAGCUGAAGAAGAUGCUUCCUGAUAUGCUAAAGGACUUGUCUCUUGAUGAGAUCAAACAGCUUUGUCUUGAGCAAGUAGAAAUGGAAACUGAUGAAAGUUUGUUAAGGAUCCUUCAGGGAGAUCACGAGGAAGAAAACGAAGGAAAUUCCAGAGCGGGGCUAAGCAGUCAAAAUGAUAAUAUAGAAAUGACUUCUUCCGUGAGGGCUAAUUCAGGAUAUGAAGAGGUAGAUGUGAAAACAGGUAAGGGAGAAGAUUAUGAUGCUCUCAGCAUUAAUGCUGAUACAUAUGACAGCGACAUAGAAGGGGCAAGCUGUGAAGAUCGCAUCCAUGAGACACCCAUUGCAACUGGUAAUAAGGCCACAGGACAACCUGAUGACCUUGUGAUGGAUAUUGAGAAAAGUGUGAAUGAGAUUUUGGGUCUGGCUGAGCCAGUGGAAGAAGUUGCUCCUACCGUCCCCGUUGCUGUGCUCCCUGAGGACAUUCAGCCUUCAGCUCAGCAGCUUGAACUGUUGGAGUUAGAAAUGAGAGCUCGUGCAAUUAAAGCUUUGAUGAAGGCUGGCGACGUGAAGAAGACUUGACCAUUUUUUAAAAUUAAUCAUUGAAAAAAAAAACAUAUUUAAUAAUUUUUCUUAGCAGAGUAUUGUCUACAUUAAAACCUGAAUGAUCA